UUGGUUUAAUUUCUGGUGCUUGUUUUUAUGCUUGUGUUUAUGCCGUUUUCUGAAUGAAUGAGUGGGAACUGUAGUAGACACACGUGUCCAGCAGAGGGCGGUAUAGCAGCAUUUAUGGAGCCCGCCGCAGCCGAGUCUCCCUGAAGAAGAUCCGGGCUCGCAGGAAGCAUGGCGCGGGCUGUGUGCUGGUUCGCUGUCCAGCUCCGCGGGAUCAGGAGGUAACAGCGGUGUCAUCGCCCAGAAGCGGUGGAGGACGGACCUUUCGGAGGCGACCCGUCACUUUGGUCGAGAAUCGCACAAUGGACGACAUCCUUUUCAGGAGGGAGGCUUGUCGCCCGAGAAGAGAGUCUGCCGCCGCGGACAUUGGAGCUAACGCUAGCGCUCAAGAUGGCGAGGUGGUCGAGCUGAGCCCAGCCCGAGAAACUCACCCGUCUGCGGGCAGAGGGAGUUCUGCUGGGAGGAGGAUGGAGCGGAGGAACUCGACUCCUCCGCAGGUCCACCAGAGGCAUAUGCCAAUGGAGCCCAAGAAGUUUCACAUACCGAGGAAGACUAAAGAAAAGAAAGCCCUCUUUCAGCACGUUUCCAUGGAGUCCAGGGAGUACGAAGACAUGAAGACCGUCCUGACCUCCAGCUUCAUCGACACCAACUCGGCCAGCUGCUUUACCUACUCCAAACCUCGCCUUGUGCACAGCGAGCCGCUGGAGAAGGAGUUUGUGGAGAAGAGGAAGGAGAUGAAGUCCGAGGGGAGAACAGAGAAGGAGCUUGAGGAGAGCUACUGUUUCCUGUUGGCUAACACCGCAGAGCUGCCUUUCCUCUGCGAGAAGGGGCUGGUUGUGGGUCACAGCAGGAUCACGGUGCUGGGAGACCCCAACAAAGGAGUUUAUCUGUCCAGGUAUUCGGACUUGCUGCAGAUGAACCCCUUAACGCCGGGGACCACGGGGGAGAUAAUCAUCUUUAAAGUGAUGAAGGUAGAUGAACUGCUGCUUUCCAACAGUCGAGGUAAAGUUAAAAGCAUCUAUGAAAACAUCAAGAAUCUCAUGGACCCCACGCCCCGCUUCGACAGCCACAUUUCCAAAAACGCCAGCAAAGUCACCUCGCUCACGUGCUACCGCGCCUUCGAACUCACACAGCAAUACUUCUACGAGUACUUCUUCGACGAGCUGCGGCAGCGGCCGCGCCAGGCGUGUCCCUACGCCGUGGUUUCCUUCCAGGUCAAAGGGAAGGACGCUCAAAUCACCAGCAAACCUCUUGCUCCCAUCAGGUUAAACAGUCAGUCAACGGAAAGCAGUAAAGGUUGUGCUGAGUUCACCGUGUGGACCGGAGAUUUGGUGAAAGAGAAGCGGGUUCUCUUCCAGAUCUGCCUUCGCUCCAGCUCUUGUCCCUUUCUGCCUCACAGGCUACCAGAGAAGUUAGAAAUCGGGCAUCCAAUGAGGCUCGACCAAGUGACCAAGCUCCUCCCCUCUGGCCUGUUCUCCUACAAUAUCUACAAAGGCAGCCAAGAAGUUGUGACUGAGGGCCACUGCAGCAGCCUGCUGGAGGUGACCGACAGAAACAGGUCCAUGACCAGUGUGACCAAACUGCUGCAGGAGCUGGAGAUGAACGGAGCGGUUCUGGUGACUCCACUUUCUGAUAGAGGCUUCCUCUUCCUGCUGUCCAGCGUUCAGAUGGCAACACCUGCUGAGCGAGGAGAGACCUGGAGGAGGUGUCUCCAGGCCUUGUUUGUUUUUCCUGAGACCAGAGAUGUGGCCAGAUGUGCAGCGAGGCGUCCCUCCCUCUCCCAUGACUCUUGGACGCCCGGCGGCCCGGUGAUGCUGCGGCUGGCCGAGUUCAUCCCAGCGCUGCACCACGCUCUGGUCAAAGCUCGGGCCAGCCCCCCUCCUAAGCUCUCCCUGGGUGUGGAGCUCCAGACACGGGAAUACCUCAACGGCUUGAAAGACGGCAGCGUGCGGCAGUACCCCAUGACGGAGUACGACUCCAAACCGGACGAGCAGGCCCAGCUCUUUUCCCCUCCGAAGCACCAUCGAGGCAACAUGGACAGCUACCUGCUCUCCUACCUGUCCAGUCCCACCUUCUACCUGCUGUCGGUGGCCCGGGCCAAGGAGGUGGUGGAGGCCCACUGCGGUCCGGAGCCACCUCAGGAGCUCAGGCCCAGGAACCGGGGGGGAAGCCAGAAUGAGACUCCAGACAACAGAGCGAAGCCCUCCAGCGACCAAAAGAUCCAGCAGCUGCUGGAUCUCAUUUUGACCUCCAAGAGGAAUGCAGAAAACGAUUUGGGGAGAGAAGAAGGGGAGGGGCCGAAGGCGCCGGACAGGAAGAGGAAGAUGGAGCAGGAGACGGCAGAGCGGGCGCUGAAAUACCUCAGAGCAUCGCAGGGACACCGACGGCCAGCUGAGGGAAACAAAGUCCCGCCAAAGCAUAGUCCCCCCUCAGCGCCUGUCUCCCUCGCCUCGGUGAUGGACUCGUUUGGUUUGAAGGAUUUGGAUCUGAAGGAAGACGGGUCUGAGCUGACGGCCACGCUGAUCCGGCAGCUGACAGGACUCAUCCAGGCGGCCAAUCAGAAUCUUUGUGAGGCCAAAGAGGAGAAACUGAUGGACUCGAGUCCCUUCGGUAAACUGGCCACAAAGCUGGGCCUGCCCACCAACUGUGACAUUGACCUACGGAAGCAAGAGGAGCUGGAGCAGCAGGCAGGAGAGGAGGGGGGCUAUGGAGGAGAGCUGAGGCUAAUGAAGAGCCGGAGGAGGAGUGGGAGAUCCCGUCUGUGCUCAGAGAGGUACUCCCAGAGAGACAAGAACAUCCCCCUGGACCCCCGUUUCCAGCACCUCGCCGUGGCAACAGCCAUCUCCACAACGACCAAGCCUCUGAGGAAAAGCCCCACCUUGUCUCCUGAGCCCAGUCCUCCUCCCUCCCCGUAUCAGUUUCCAUUCCCCGAGGGCUGUCUUCUUCCCUCCCCCUCCCAGUGCCCGUCACCUGACCCCAGCCCACCCCUUUCACCCUCCCAGUGUCCAUCUCCUGAGCCUAGCCCCCCCCCUUCCCCGUCUCAGUGCCCGUCCCCGGAGCCCAGCCCAGCCCCGUCGCCCUCCCGGUCCCCGUCCCGACAGCUCGCCCCCCCCACCUCCUCCGCUCAGCGUUUGUUACCUGAGACCAGCGCUCUUCCGUCACUCCCCCGGUCUCUGGAGCUAAACCAGCUCGACCCACGCAACAGAAACCACAGCGGUGCUAAUGAGCAUCAGUUGGUCUCCCCGGCCCUCAGGGAGUUUCCAGGAAUUCCCAGUCAAACAAAGAGACAGGAUCCCGUUGUGGGCACCUCUGUCCAUCCAUCUAAGCCUCCAGCUGCAGAACAGAGGACGAGACCCUCAUCAGCCCCCACCGAAAGACUAAAGGAGGCUGAUGGACAAGCGGUGCUGGACAGGCGUCUGAGGGAGGGCAGAGAGGCCGAGCGCAGGCGGGCCGAGGCCGAUGAGGAGCGGGACGAUCUGGUGAUCGUGUUAUCCAGUGACAGCGACCAAAAGGAGGAGGAGAACGAGCCGGAGGAGGGCGUCCCGCUCGCCCCCCCCCCGGCCGGCUCGGCCCCCUGUCCUCGCAGAGACAUCGACAGCAUCGUGGACAAACACCUGGGAGACUUUUCCUGCGAGCUGCAGCGCCUCCUGCAGGAGGAGAGCGUCCUCUACAGCCGCCCGCAGCCCCCCCCCGCCCCCCCCGCCACCCCAGAGCCCCAGCACGCGCUCCCGUACACACCCGUGUCCCAGUUCUCCCAGUACGUCUCCUUCUACAACGCCAGCCCCUCCGUCCAGGACUACGUGAGCUCUCUGCAGGCCAGCAUCCGCAGGCUGCUGGCCGGGCUGGACGCCCAACGGCCGGACGCCCAACGGCCGGACGCCGACGCCUCGCUGGCCAACUCCGUGAGCGACUUUGUGGCCAGCGUCCGAGCGGCGAACGGCGGCGCGGGGCGAGAGGAGGAGGCGUCCGCCGGCCGCACGCCGUCAGCCGCCGCAGGAGGCUGGAGGAGCUCGCCAACCCCGCACACCACAUUCAGCACUCCUACCUCCACGCCCGGCUCCGCCCACCCGCCGCCCGGCAGCUCGGAGCUCGGGGCCACGCCCCUCCCCGCGUCCGACCCCCCGCCCGUCCACCCGGCGGCCGGCCUGAGCUCCGCCCCCGAGUCCGCCGCCAGCCCCGGGCCCUCGGCCACCGCCCUCAACUCCGUCAUCAACCAGCUGGAGCCCGACGUGCUCAACAACCUGGCGGAGAUCAUGAAGGACAUCAAGAAGAAGUCGCCGCAGUUUUACAUCCACUGCACCGAGCCGGGAGACCGGGUCUGCGAGGAGGUCAAGAUCCCUGGCCUCGUGGCCCUGAAGCGGCACCCCUCGGUGGUGUUUGUGGGCGUGGACUCGCCGGACGACGUCAGGAACAGCAGCUGCAUCGAGCUGUUUGUGUCCGGGGGCUGCGUGCUCUCCGACGAGCUGCUGCUCAGCCCCGGCGCCGUCAGCCUCGAACGCCUGGCGGCCCUUCUGACGCUCCUGGAACAGCACAGCUCCCCCGAGAGCGUCUGGAGGUGGAAGAUUCACUGCAAAACGCACAAAAAACUGAAAGAGCAAGCCAGGUUCCGGAGAGAUGCCGCCAACCUGCUGGAGCUGCUGUCGGCCUAUCAGAAGCGGCAGGUCGUGGAGUUCCUGCCCUACCAUCGCUGCGACAGGAACAGCCACCAGUCGCCAGAUCUGGAUUGUCUCAUCGAGCACCAGGCCCGGUACAGCCAGUUCCGACACACGGUCCUCCUCACCGAGCAUCCCUUUGACAUGUUCCCCGGUUUCUCCGACCGGGGCAUCAUCGUGGCGGGCGUGGAGGAGAUCCUGGGCAGCUUCAGCCGGCUAGUGGGCUGCCACAGCGUCAGGGACAAGCAGCUAUUGGUGGAGGACCUGCUGGCCCCCAAAGACGCCGUCUCGGGCCUCAGCACGGGCCGCCCCCCCCCCGGCCCCCACGCCUCCGACCAGCUGGUGCCGGACCCCCCGUGCCCGGACGGCCGGCCGCUGGCCACCAGCCGGGACAUGGAGUUCCUGCAGCAGGCCAUCCGCCACCUGCGGGCGGAGCGGCAGGAGAAGCUGCAGCAGCUGCGCCAGCAGCAGCAGCUGCUGGAGCUGCAGGCCGACCUGAGGGGGGGGGGCCCCCCCCACCACCCCCACCCCGCCCAGCUCGCCCCGCCCAGGACCGAGGGAGCGGGGAGAAACGGGGGCGAGCAGAGGGAGAGGGAGAGGGAGAGGGCGGGGAGCCGGGCAGUCAGCAACAGCCCGUCGUCCGGCCCGACGGUCACCGCGGUGACGGGACCGAGCCUCCAAACGGAGCCGGAGAGCGACGGUGGCGGGAAAACGGCGGCGGCCCGGGGGGGGGAACCGGAGGGGCCUCUGGCAGCUAAACGAGGGAGCUCUGCAGAGGGGGGGAGACAGAGGGAAGAGCCCAAACCGGCUGACGUGCCCCCCCCCAGCAGCAGCUCAGCCGGAGACGCCAAACCAGCGCCGGCGGCCAGAAUGGGCGUGAUAACGGGCCGAGAGCUGGACCCCGGCUCCGCCCAGAAGCCCCUGGACCCGGGGGGCCUGUCGGGGGUCCCGCUGGGGGUCCCGGCCCUGGGCCAGCCGCGGGGCGUGGGCCUCCUCCACCCCCCCCACCUGGCCCACCUCCACCCGCAGCCCUUCCUCCCGGGGCAGAUCCUGGGGCCGCUGGGCCCCCUGAGGGGCAUCGGGGGCCUGCUGGGCCCCUCCCCGCUCUGCCCGGGAGGCCUGGGGCCCCCGGGGGCCCCCGUGGUCUGGGGGUUCCAGCAGAGCGGCCUGGACUUCUUAGGAGGGUACUACAGCCCCGCUGGGCCGGGAGGCGUGUACCGGGGGGGCCGGCGGGGGGGCGGCUUCAACGGGAUGUAG